AUGGAUCAAGAAGAGAAAAGCCCUUACAAUCCUCCACCACCAUUCCCUCAACGUUUACACAAGCAGAAACUUGACAAACAAUUCUCCAAAUUUCUACAGGUGUUUAAGAAGCUCCACAUCAAUAUUCAUUUUGCUGAGGCAUUAAAAAAAAUCCCCAACUAUGUCAAAUUUAUGAAGGAUAUAUUGUCUAAGAAGAGGAAGUUGGGAGAUUUUGAGACAAUUGCUUUAACAGAAGAGUGUAGUGCAAUCUUGCAGAAGAAACUUCCACCAAAGCUCAAGGACCCAGGUAGUUUCACUAUUCCUUGCACCAUUGGUACUCAGUUUUUUGGGAGAGCUCUUUGUAACUUGAGGGCAAGUAUAAAUCUUAUGCCACUUUCUAUCUAUCAAAAGCUUGGUUUGUGGGAAGCGAAGCCUACUUCUGUCACAUUACAGUUAGCAGACCGUUCAUUGACUUAUCCAAAGGGUAUAGUGGAAGACAUUUUGGUAAAGGUGGAGAAGUUCAUAUUUACUGUAGAUUUUAUUGUGCUUGAUAUGGAGGAGGAUAGAGAAAUCUCAAUCAUUCUUGGGCGACCAUUCUUAGCAACAGGACAAACUCUUAUUGAUGUGCAAAAAGGAGAGCUAACUAUGCGAGUACUAGACCAAUAG